CGCUCGCCGCUUUCGCAGCCAAACGAGCAAGCGAGAAGAACGACAAAGACAACAAAUAGCACAGUCCAAGCUGAGGAAUCGCCGGAAGACAGAUAAUAAAAAUGUGUUUUGAUGACUGGUUCCCUCAAUCCUGAAGUCACCUCACUGUCUUCAUUAUUGUCCGCUCCCCAACAUUCUUCUCCUCAUCACCUGUUUGUGCUGAGUGGCUUCAUUCUUCAUCCAGCAGCUUGGAUUUUGCAUGUGAUUGUGCUUCUCGUACCGUACACAAAAAUUACCCACCAACGACCACGACAAGAGAGCUCGGGGGCACAGCAGUUUCCUUUGAUAUACUAUCGCCUGAUCUUUCACCAUGGAGAAGUUUUCUCAGUUCAGAGAUAGAGGUUCCGGAAUCGCUCCUUUUCUUCCUAUCCCUUCCCAGCCCUCGGGCAUAUACCUUCCAUUCCACAUCUUCCUCUUCUGCAUGCGGCUGCCGCUGCUCAUAACCGCGUUUCUCGCCUACUUCUGUGUGCUCCAAUGGCUGCCCAUCGGAUCUUUGGGCAAGAAGGCCUCACUGUGGGUAAUGCUGGGCAUUCCGGGCAUAUGGUGGAUUGAUCUUCAGAUAGAUGGUGUUAAGAAAGGAUCGCUUGCCUCGCAACAUUCCUCCCGACUCCCAGGCCCCGCGUCCGUGAUCGCCUCGUCAUUUACCUCCCCAAUCGAUGCGCUCUACCUUGCUGCUAUAUUUGAUCCCAUAUUCACGGUGUCGUAUCCCUUUACGUGCAAAGUCCAACAGAUUUCUCUGGUCCAGGCUAUUCUCCGGGCUUUCGCUGGCCCGGAGGUCAAGCCACCCGCAGACGCGCGCCUGGUCGAUAUUGCGACGCUGAUAAAACGGCACCCAAACAGACCCAUCGUGAUUUUCCCAGAGUGCACCACCACAAACGGAAAGGGUAUCCUACAGAUGAGUCCGUCUCUUGUCGCCGUCUCUGCGGUAACAAGAAUCUUCCCCGUCAGCCUGCGGUACUCGCCCGCAGACAUCACCACACCAAUACCGCAAUCAUACAGGUCCUUCCUGUGGAAUCUCCUGAGCAAACCCACCCACUGCAUCCGCGUGAGGAUUGCGGAGAGCAUCCUGCUUCCGACGUCGGGCAUGAAAGAUACCAAAAGUGCGAAGAACAACAACAAUACUGAUAAAAAUAUUAACGGAUCCGACGGCGGACAGCCAUCGUAUGACUAUAAUUAUUUCGACACACUGGACGCCAAGCUAGCUGAGUCGUUUGUGGAUCUUGAUGCGUCGUUAACGAGCGGGGAGCAGACGCUGCUGAAUCAGGUUGGCGAGUCGCUGGCUCGACUGGGACGGGUGAGACGGGUUGGAUUAGGAGCGAAGGAUAAGCAGCAGUUUGUCAAGUUAUGGACUGCGGGGAGGCGGAAGUAAUAGUAUACGGUUGUGGUGGGUUUUUUUUCUUUUU